UCUUGCUAUUGAUCGAUCGGCUCCAUGAAUAACACAAAGCUUCUUUCGGCCGGCAGUAGGAUAUAUGCUAAGAAGAGAAAGCAGAAGCAAGAAACGGUAGAUCGAAUCGACUUCGAUUUCGAUGCCAGACAGGAAUUCUUGACAGGAUUUCACAAACGUAAACUAGACAGAAAGAAGAAGGCUCGAGAAAUUGCCAUCGAGCGAGAACGAGUGGACCGGCUUCAGGCCAGAGCAGAAGCUAGAGAAGAAAGACAGCGAUUAGCAGACAACAAUAUGACCCAAAUGGCCGCGCUGUUGAGACAGCAACAUAAGUUGGAAGACGGAGAUGGCGAGGCUGACGAAGAAGAUGGUGAUGAUGUGAAAUUUGAUUCUGACGAAGAAGUGGAAGCAACUGAACCAGCAGCCAAGCUUGAGCCUGCAGUAAAGGAGUUUGCCACAUCAACAUCGCUCACCACUGUCACCGUCAUUCAAGAUCUGGAACUAGACGACUCAUACCAGUCAUCAACGAGUAAUAAACGAAAAGCUGAGGAAGAUGUUGCAGAUGAGGAUGGUGAGGAGAUCAAAACGAUACCUUCAAAGACCAAAGAGAAGCCCACUAAAAAAGUCAUGACCAAGACUCCAAAGUAAGUAUGAUUCCAUCAAAUCAACCAUCUUGUUCAAUGCUGACCAUGGUAUGAAAUUAGAAAAAAAUUCAGAUACGAGACUAAAGCAAUACGAAACACCAAUCAAAGUAAAGCGAAGAACGCAAAGUUUAAGCGAAAGGAGGACUUCAAGAAGGGAGGUGACGCUAAGAGGGGAGGCGACGCAAAGAGGGGAGGCAAAGGAAAGAGAAGGUGAAAAACGUCGAGACAGCCUGCGCAAUGUCAUGUCGUGUAAAUUACGCUGCUUUAAAGCAGCCCUUGUGUUGAUAAACAGCUCUUCGAACUGAGCAAUGACAUUGUCCUUCAUUUCAAAUUGUUAAACAGCAUAAUAAAAAGUGACGUUUGGCAUCAAAGUAGCACACCAAACUUUAGACAUAUUUUCA